AUGAAUUUUGAAAACAGAUGGGUCUUGAGAUCCGCUCUGAACUUCGCAAGUGAUGGAGAAAUAGUUAGAGAAGUAGGUAGAGAGUUCCAGAGAAAAGGACCAGAAAAAGCAAAAGCAGAUUUGGCAAAAGAGUGUUUAACACGAGUUAAGAAAAAGCGAGAAGAAGAAGACGAUCGUAAACCGGAGCGUUUAGAUUCUGAGAUGAAGAAUAUAAUUGACAAGUUAGCAAAUUUUGUGGCCAGGAAUGGGCCGGAGUUUGAGCAGAUGACAAAACAGAAGCAGAAGGACAACCCAAAAUUUUCUUUUUUAUUUUCUGGCGAAUUCAACGGCUACUAUCAGUAUAGAGUGAGCACAGAACAAGCCAUACAACAAGUCAUUAACCAACAAUCUGUUAAGUCAGCUCCCUGGCAACAACAACAACAAACACCGACAAUAUCAACAACAAUCUCUCAAUCUCAGCAACCAGUCAACACUAAUCAGCCUAAUUUGAGGGAGCAGUUAGAGCAGAUGAAGUUAAAUGCGAAAGAGCAGAUAUCACAAAGUGAAAAUAAUCUAACUGCACAGUAUCAAAACCUCAUGCAACAACAGCAGGUUAAGUUGGAGGAAGUUUUAUUGAAAGCCAAGAAAAGCCACACUCGAAAGAAUGUCAAAGACCUGAAAGAGAUUCUCGAAACUAUAUCAGUUGUUCCUUCAUUCUGUCUGACCUAUAUUGCUGCCCAUGAGGAGGGCAAGGCCAAAUUAAUUCCUCAACUGUCACAACAGCAAAUGAAAGAUGCGAAUGCUGGCAUUGCAGCCUACCAGGCCUUCCUGUUGAAUGAACACGCAGCGGUCGUGUCAGAAGUCUCCACGACCACCAACAACGCCUUUCUUCUACUCCAACAGCAACACCACGAAUUCGUCAAUCAUCUCAAUAGUCAAAUUGUCGCUCUCGAACUUGAGUUGCAACAACAGCAACAACAGCCAUUGUUACAACAACAACAACCAUUAUUACAGCAGCAGCCCAUGUUACAGAAACAACCGUUGUUACAACUUCAAUCACAACAGCCACCUAUAUCUCAACAACAAUAUCAGCAGCAGCAGCAUCAACCUUUAUUACAACAACCUCCCAUACCUCAACAACAACAAUAUCAACAGCAGCAACAACAGCAGCAGCAGCAGCAAACCAGCAAUGAACAGAUUGAUCCACAGCAGCUACAACCACCGAAUUUCUGUAAUCCUCCACCGUUUGCACAUCCAAUGCAGCAAGCCCCACCAGCUUUUCGCAUGCCACCUCCAUUCAAUCCUGAUUUCUCAGGGGCGGUCCCUCCCCCCUUGCACUUUCCCGACCUGAGCAAGCCCCCUCCGGGAUUUCCAAUGCCUCCAAUGGGCUUCUGUCCUCCACCCAUUCCCAAUCUUCCACCUCCGCCGCCAAUGUUUCACCCUGAUCUCGACCUUGUACCCACCAUCCCGUACUAUGAUCUGCCUGCUGGUCUCAUGGCUCCCCUAGUUAAAUUAGGAGAUUGUGAGUACAAAUCUCUGGACCCCAGGAACAUCCGACUUCCACCUCCGAUGCCACCCACUGAUAGGCUGCUUGCCGCUGUCGAGGCCUUCUAUAGUCCGCCAUCGCAUGAGAGGCCCCGAGAUGCGGACGGCUGGGAGAAGUUGAGUCUGUUUGAAUUCUACAAAGCCAAAAAUCAGGCGAAGACAAAAAAGAUGGAAUCGACUGCUAACAAUGUUGCCAAUAAAGUUGGCAACGAUGCCCAAAAUAACAAGAGCAACAACAAAAUUUUAAACAACAUCGCUAGGGAACCGUUCAAUGAUGUACGGGGGUCGAGGCCCACAAACUACAGUCGGUCUCCAUCUCCGGACGGCAGGAGGGGGAGGGCCACCAGGAAUCGGUCGAGAUCAUAUUCCAGUUCAUCAUCAAAAAGUAGGUCACGAAGUGGGUCACGAAGCAGAAGUAGGUCACGAAGCAGAAGUGGAUCAAGGUCGAGGUCACCAGAUCAAUUCCAGGACAUGUUCUAUUUAUCAACAAGUAGGAACGAUAAACUGACGGAAAGCAACAAAGGACAUCAACUUAUGAAGAAGAUGGGAAGUAGUGGAGACGGCAUCGUCGAUCCGAUCGAUCACGCGGACGUGCGAGAUAAACAGGAUCAAUUCAAAGGACUGGGAAUGAACCUGAACGAUCCGUUUGAAAGUUUCCGCAAGAACAAAAGUUCCGGGUUCAACGUUCGCAUGAGAGAGAGAGCAGAUGCUAGAUCGGGCAGAAGGGAUUGA